AUGGAAAGCAAUGAAAAUUAGGAGACUUCUCAAAGUAUAUUUUUCUCUUUACGUCAUGAUUAAAACUAGACUAACAGUUUUCACAGUUUAGAUGAUGAUCUUCAUGAGAAAGGAGAUGAAAAAUCAAUAAAUAUAGAAAUGCAGAACAUCAAUAAUUGUGAAUCCAAAGAUUCUCCUAUUUCUACUCAACAACAUGAAGUGGCAUAAUAAUAAUUUAUUUAAUUAAGGCUUUUAGGAAGAGAAGUUAAAUAAGUACAACCUUCAUUUUAAAAAGAGAUAAUACCUAUCAAUAUAACAUUUUUGUAUUUGGAGUAUAUUACAAAUAAUCCUAGAAUGAAAAUAUGGUUAUUGCUCAAUAUCAUGUUAGACAUUUGUUUAAGGACACUUAUUUUGGUGUUUUUUUGUUUAAGGACAAUUGAUGAAGAUUAAUUAAUAAACCCUCUUUAAGAUAAGAUAAUUACAGCUUAUUUUAUUAUUUUUUUAUUAACUCCUAGAAUUUUACAUAUGCUAACAACAUCUAAAUUGAUUUUUAUGGAUAAAUAUGAUCUUUAAAACAGAUCUUAUUUACCAAUGAGUUAUGUUUUUAGAGCUAAUUUCAUUCAAGAGAUUUGCCCUAAUCAAGAAGAUCUCAAACCUAUCAAUUAUAAGGAUAAUAUUCUAUCCUUUCGUACAACCAUGUUUAUCAUGUUACCAAUUGAAUUAUAAUGGAUUACCAUGUACCCAUUUAAGGAUAAAAAUAAUUCUGUAACCACUUUCAUCAUUAGUAGUUAUAUACUUAAAAGUAUAGAAGUUAUUGUUUUUGAACCAAUUUUACUCAUUUAAAUAUCUUUUAAUACUGAAAAAUUGCAUUUCUAUACAAGAUUGCUCUUUGGUCUCAUAUUACUAGAUAUCAUCAAAUUUGUUAUCCUCAAUCUGUGUUUAAUAAUAUUUAGCAAUAUAGGAAAAAAUUCUAAAGUUAAAAUAUGA